UUCCGUGCGCGUGGAGGAAGAGCCGGCUGAGCAGCGAGGAGAUCGCGGAGCGGGAGAAGACGCUUGAACUGUACAUGGCCCAGCGUGCGCCCUCGCGGCGUCUGAAGAUCGGGUUUGCGCUUGUCAUUGGUAUGCUGAUCUUUUCCACAGUCCAGUCGAUUGCGACGGCGUACGUGAAGACGUCCCACGCGGGGUACUUGGCGAUCUCGAUCGUGGCGCUGCUGCUGAUGGCGUCGUUCACCGCGAUGGCGAUGCCGUUCCGGUUUCUGGGCCGCUACACCCCCGUGCGUGCAACGCAUAUGGAGGGCAUCGGAGAGGCGGCCACGGAGCCGCUGCCGCAGCGGUUAGGCGAAGACGCAUCAGCGGGGCCUGAGGCGGAAGGCAAUGGUCACCCACCAAAGCAACCGCCGAUUCCGGCGCCGCAGUAUCAGGGCUCCUUCUGGGCCCAUCUGCUCUCCAUUGACCUGUGGGCAAUGUGGCUCGCGUGCUUUGGCAUGUGGGGCACCGGCACGGUGAUGCAGAUGAACGCCGCCCAGAUUUACCGCAGCAAGAACAACGGCGGGUUUGACACCCGAACUCUGACGCUGUACGUCGCCAUCAUGUCUGUGGGCAGCGCUGUUGGACGCAUUUCCACGGGAUGCCUCGAUAUGAAGCUGGCUGCGUGGAACCGUGCAGGCAAGUCACAAAUGCUGACGACUAUUGCGCUUCCCAUUGGUCCCCUGCUGAUGGUGUUGGCGUACCUCUUCUUUGCCGUCCUGCCGUCUGGCGCGCUAAUACUGCCGUUUUUGCUUGGAGCUAUCGGAAACGGCGUUGGCUGGGGUGUGGGCGCUCUUGCGAUGCGGAUGAUGUACGCCGAGGACAUUGGGAAGCACUACAAUUUUUGUUUUUCUUCCGGGGCUGUUUCGACAGUUGUGCUGAACCGCUUCAUGUUCGGGGAGAUGUACGAUGCGGAGGGGCGCAAGCGUGGCGAGUUCCCAUCAUGCAACGCCCCCUCGUGUGUGCAGAAGCAAAUGUUUAUCCUGAUAGCCGUUAAUGUGGUCGCCACGUUCGCCGCCGUGGCGGUGCACUGGCGAUUUUCGCGCUUCACCCAGUCGAAGCUGGAGGAACAGCGGGCGGCAGCGGAGGCAGAAGCAAAUGGCGGAGAAGUGGGGGAGGAGCUUCUGGAGGAACCGUCGAAGUAA